UCUUUAUCUCUCUCCUCGUCAAAAUAGCAAUGCACUAUCCGCAAUUCACAUUCGCACAACAGCACACAAUGUCGCAUUCGCUCCCUGAUACAGCUCUCUGCAGCGCAGGCACUGAUUUGCAAGAUCGUACGCACUACAGACUAGCGCUCCACAUAGUAGGAAUUUUCAUCAUCCUCGCUGCCAGUGCCGCCGGUGUGUUCAUGCCUUUGAUCGCCUCCCGAUUCCAGAGACUCUGCUUCUCAUCCAGGCUCUUGAUUCUUGGAAAACAGUUUGGUAUUGGAAUUAUCCUCGCCACUGCUUUCAUUCACAUGAUGCCGACUGCCAUCACCAAUCUAUCCUCGCCAUGCUUGGGACCCAUCUUUUCGGAAAACUACACAGCCUUUGGUGGACUACUCAUCCUGUCAUCGUCGCUCUUCAUGCACUGGAUCGAGUUUAUGGCCAUAGACCAUCAUCAACAGUGCCAUGAGACCGCGGCUGACUGGGGGACUUCUCUACCGGAAGAUGAGCGGGUCAGUUUGGAUCUGGAUGGACUUGAACCUACAGGCGCUGCUUCUGCUCUAUAUCCCGGACACACGCUCACUGUACUGGACGAACCCAUGCGUCGAAGAUCAUCAUGCUCUUCAGCGUCGCCCUGCGUCCUGGAUCACGACAACUUGGCUACUCAAAGCGGGUGCUCUACGUUCGAGCCGGAAAUGGCGCAGAGUACGACGUGUGUGCUUCCAAGUGCAGUUUUGAUCCAACGUACGCCCGUCAGGACAAGUGUCAAGUCAUAUGGCAGCAUUCAAGCGGACAACCGCGCUGGAGACACGACGUCCGCGCCUCUCGCAGAAGACUACACUGAGAUUAGUGAUCGCCAUCAUCAUCAUUUCCAGGAAACCAGACACUCACACGCUCAUGGUUUAGAGUUGCUGAAUGACUCGCAACGACGAAUUUCAACCUAUAUCCUUGAAGCCGGUAUUGCAGCUCAUUCGGUGAUCAUUGGUGUGUCCCUUGGAGUAUCCUCGGAAGCUGAGUUCAUGGGCCUUCUGACAGCAUUGGUCUUUCACCAGUUCUUCGAAGGUUUUGCAUUAGGCGCGAGGAUUACAGAUUUGGAGUUCGAAAGGACAAAGACCCACUACUGGCUGGCAAUCGUCUUCUCGUUGACAACGCCUAUUGGAGCGGCCCUUGGCGUAGCGAUCUGGAGCUCGUAUGAUCCAUCCUCCGCUUUGGCCAUCUUGGUCGAGGGUGUCUUUGAUGCGAUUUCCACAGGGAUCCUGCUAUACAUGGGAUACGUCAAUCUUCUGGCAGUCGAGUUCAACCUGAACGACGAUAUCCGGAAAGAGAGCACUAGGGUCAAGUCCAUGUGUUUCAUGGCCCUCUGGACAAGUGCGGCUGUCAUGGCUGUACUUGGUCGCUUCGCUUGAGACAGUACAUCUCCAAUGCGGCACGGGAACGUCAGAUAUCGUCUACAGCAUUAUCCGGAAGCUAAAUGUCCAGGAUCCUUCCACUGGAAGGCUCUCGUCCGUGCGCAAAGUAUGAUUAUUACACUGUUGCUCAACCUAGGAACUCAAUAAAUAAAGUUAAGCAACGA